UACAGACCACCACCAUCAUCAGUCACAUAUAGACAGACAGACAGUACACAUCCAUUCUCAAUUAAGACAAUAAUGUCUGUGAUCACCGACGAAAUCCGGCGGCAGGCGUCGGAGCUGUACGAGGGCGACGCCAAGUGCCAGGAAAAGUCGAAAUUCCUGCUGACGGAGAUCGGGCUCCCCAACGGGCUGCUGCCGCUGCAAGACAUCGAGGAGUGCGGCUACAUAAAGGACACCGGAUUCGUGUGGCUCCGGCAGAAGAACAAGUGCCAGCACAAGUUCCAGAAGAUCGACCGCCUCGUCCAGUACGCCACCGAGGUCACCGCCUACGUCGAGCCCAACCGGAUCAGGAAGCUCACCGGCGUCAAGACCAAGGAGCUCCUCCUCUGGGUCACUCUCAGCGACAUUUACGUCGACGACCCCCCCACCGGAAAAAUCACCUUCAAGACUCCCGCCGGCCUCUUCCGCUCCUUCCCCGUCGACGCCUUCCAGAUCGACGCCCCACCCGCGCCACCACCGCCGCCGCCGGAGGUCGAAAAAGUGGAUCGCGAUGAGGAGGAGGAGAAGAAGGAGGAGGAGGUGAAGAAUAUUCCGGCGCCGACGGCUGAAGUGGAGGUGAAAGAAGUGUAAUUAAUUUGGAAUUUGGAUCAUCAUCAUAUAUAUAUAUAUAUAUAUAUAUCUGUUAUCGUUGUUGUAUUUAAUUUGUUGGCUGCUAUUCCGGGCAAUUUGCAAUUCCCUUUUUAUCCUAAA